AUGGCAUUUCCAUCCAAUACCAAUAUAAUUAAUGUCAUGAAACCAUCAUGGAUAACAAUACCAACUGAACUUAUUGGCUCAUUACCACGAACAACGGCGUUAUUAGAAGGUCAACAAGCUUAUAAAGCAGGUCAUAUUUCUGAAAAUCAAUUGGAGAAAUUGCAAGAUAAAGCAAUACGACAAACAAUAGCUGAAUUAGAAAAAACUGGACCUGGUCAAAUAACUGAUGGUGAACAAGCUAAACCUUCAUUUCUUGUUUAUCCGUAUAUGAGUAUGAUGAUAUCUAAAGUUACAAUUACAUAUUUCUUAUUGAUGAUGACUUUAAUUUAUAUUGUUCAAGCAAGUUUUACUGAAGUACCACCGCCACCAAAACGUCCGGAACGCUUUAACUCACGAGAAGAAUUGAAAAGAUAUUUACAAAAAGUCCACGAAUAUCAUACGAUUCUUGGUCGAUGGCGUCUUCGACGCAAUGAUGAUGAUGAUGAUGAACAUCAAGUUUCAACUACAUCAAAUGAUGAUAUAUUUCAAUUUUUCGACAUAAAUCAUGAUCACCAUAUAUCAUAUAAUGAAUUUCUUCAACGAAUGAUGUUUAACAAAGAAAAUUAA